AGCUGUGACUGAUGUGAAAUCACCCAGUGGCUGCCAGAUGCUCACCAGCAACAACAACGUUACAAAGUGUAUAAGUACCGUCAGACGUAUUAUGGUGUGACAGUGUUUUACAUGUCUUGCCUUAGAAACUAGCACCCUAUCACUCAAAUGACCCAACUUUUAGAAAAUAAUAUGAUUGUCUUUUUUAGGCUUUGCAACCGUAUCUGAAAUAUAUCCACAAACAAAAAAUGUCAUGUUUGUGGUUUGUUUGUCGUAGUAGAAAAAUUGCUCUUGAGCAAGUCAACCAAAAGCAACUACAUAAAGCCUGUUUAAAGGACAGAUACUGAACACUAGACAGUAACUCUAUUCCAUUUCUAUCCAGGUGACAGAAUAUCAUCUCUAGUCAUUUGGGCUGUUAUUGGGCUGUAACAAAGUCUCAUUCUCACAUUUGACUAUAAGACCCUUUCCUGGCAAAUCAUCACACCAAAAGAUGUCGCCACAUCACACAGGCUUGGUUCUGAGCUACCACAACCUCAAAUGUCCAAACACAUUUUCUUUGUUUGUUUUUUACUAGAGGUACACGACAUUUAUUACAUAUUAUAUAAAUGGGACCACCAAUGGAUUUAAAAUAAUGUUUUUCUGAUCUCUGCAAUGCAAAUGUUUGACUGUCUAUAUGUCUGAAUGUUGGCAGAGCAGGAGUGACCUACUAAGAACAGUUGGAUUAUUGUUAAAUGUAUCUUUCGUUUUCACACAUGGGUUAUACUUUACUCGGCUGUACAGACAUUAUGUGCAGUAGGUACGUGUUUUUCCCAGGUCUGGUUAAUAAUUACAGUUUAUACACCAUUCCAGUAAAGCAGAGUGAUGCACACUUAGAUAAGGAGUCUACUAAGGAGGAAAACACCAGGAUGUAAAGAACUGUUUGACCAUGUACGGAUUAUUGAACAGGUUUACUCCCUCCAGGGACACAUAAAUAGGGAAGUUACUGAAGGUGCUGCACCACUCUAUGUGACGCCUCGAAUGCAAUUCACUAUUUGCUGGUUUUCUAAAUUCAUUGCCGGGGGAUGAACUCCUGAGGAGCGGAUGAAGAAACAAAUUUUGCUUUUAUUCACAUUUAGGGGAGUGUUGAGCAAAGGGAAAAGGAGUAAAAAGAGAAAAUGGCCAGUUUUAUAUUACGGAAAGCUGAACCCAAGGAUGUGUCCGAUAUCCUGCGGCUAAUAAAGGAGCUUGCUAAAUUUGAAGAGAUGGAGGAAAAGGUCUUGCUGAGCGAGAAAGAUCUCCUUGAAGAUGGCUUCGGGGAUCAUCCAUUCUACCACUGCCUGGUUGCUGAAGUCCCAAAAGGGCAGAGCUCAGAAGAGUACACUGUGAUUGCCUUUGCCAUGUACUACUUCACAUAUGACCCUUGGAUUGGAAAGCUUCUUUACUUGGAAGACUUCUAUGUCAUGCAGGAGUUUCGUGGUCUUGGCAUUGGUUCACAAAUCCUGAAGGUUCUGAGUGAGACGGCAGUGAAGACUCGCUGUAGCGGCAUGCACUUCAUAGUAGCAGAAAACAACACCAAGUCGAUCGAGUUCUACAAGCGAAGAGGAGCAGCCGAUCUCUCGUCUGAGGAGGGCUGGCGCCUGUUUGAGAUUGAAAAGGAGGACCUGCUGAAAAUGAGUGCCAAAUAAAGCGUACUGUGGAUUAACAUGUGUUGGUGGUAGCAAUAAUGCUGUUUUGUUUGGUCACUGAUUAGGCACAGACUUAAUAAAUACAUUUAAAGAUCAACUGUCACCUUAGAUAAUGAACAAUUUCAGAUAACUCCAGUUAAUCCAACAUUUAGAGAGAGCUCUGCUGAUUGAACACUGAGGUUUGGGAACAACAAUGCUAAGUACUGCUGGCAGACAGUGUUUCAUUUGAAUAGUUUUUUGAGGCCUGUUAAGAUGAAAGUCUUCAAAGAUUUGAACCCUAGGUUGGGAACAGUGGAAUAAUUGUGUGCAGGAGUGUCUCUGUUUUGCAUUCAUAUUUGUUUUUACUAACAUGACAAU